GCUUGAUCUGUUUACUUCCGUUUUAGUAUUUCACAAGGCGACUUUCUGAAAGUGCAGGCGGUAGAAAAAUAUGGGGACGAAGAGGCAAAGAGACUCGAAUGAAGAUGAUGUUAUGAAAGAAAGUCAGAGAACAGGAAGCAAACGACAGGAAAAAAUUGAUUUCUAUCUGACAAAGAAAGACAGUACUAAAAUAAAUCGAGAAAAAUCUCAGGUUCACAGUGGAGAAGAAACAGAAGAAGCAAGGGAGAAAUAUUCAAAUAUUGAUUUAUCAACCCCUGAUGUUAAAGACUCAGACAAGAGGGGAAAAGAGAAAAGUGAAAAUGAAAGAAAAUCCAAGCACAAGUAUCCACUUGAUACCGAUAGUACAGAAAUUCCUUCAAAGCGAAUGCAAAAAGACGAAAGCAGUACUGUCAAGGACAAAAACCUAAAAACAAAUUAUGAUGAAUAUGGACCAAAGAAAAAACAUCGAACAAAUGAAGAAAAUAGAAACACUUCAGCAGAUGAUUUCUCUGUAAAUCAUAAAGAAUUAUCAAAGAAACACAAGAAACAUAAAAAGGAAAAAAAGUCAAAACAUUCACAUAAAUAUAAACAUUCACACAAAUAUAAAAGUGAAUCUGACAAGAGGUCAAAACACUCGCACAGUAACAAGGAAAGAAAAUCACAUAAAGACAUUGAUGAACAUGAACAUGAGUCGAACCAACCACGACCUGAUAAGGAAAAGAAGUCCAAACAUUCACCCACGGACAGCACUGAAUCAGAUGAUAGUUCACCAUAUUCCCGUAGAGACUCAGAAAAGAAGUCCAAACAUUCACACAAGGACAGCACUGAAUCAGAAGAUACUAGUAGUACACCAUAUUCCCGAAGAGACUCAGAACAGAUGUCCAAACAUUCACACAAGGACAGCACUGAAUCAGAAGAUAGUUCACCAUAUCCGCGUAGAUACUCGAAAAAGAAGGCUAGAGAUUCACAUAAUGACGGUAUACCUGAAACAAAUGCAACUUAUCCAGAAAGAUACCCCGAAAUACACUCAGAGCGUUCCCACAGAAGUUUUUAUAGUAGUGAUUCAGAACCUUCGCCAUCAAAAGAUAGUCAUUCAAAUAAAGAUAUACCCAAGAAAACGAGCAAUCGUUCAGAUAAGAAAACGGAGAAAGGAUACGAUUUUUCAAAAAGAGAUGGAAAGGAAAGUGGAGGGACACCCCAAAAAUCACGAAGAAAUUACAGCGGAGCAGAGGGUUCCAGUAAAGACGAAACAUACAACAAAGAAGACAAGGUGCAGUCACGGAAGCGUAAUAGUGAACACCUUGAUACAAGUCCAUCUAUUGAUAAAAAAUGUUCAAGUAAGAAAAAGGCACGGACUACGCAUGGAUGUGAAAGUACGCCAGAAACCACAGAACGACAUUUGGAAAAAGAAAAAUCAAUAUCUCCUAAGAAAUCCGAACAACAUGUGAAAAAAGAAAAAUCAAAAUCUCCUAAGAAAUCCGAACAACGUGUGAAAAAAGAAAAAUCAAAAUCUCCUAAGAAAUCCGAAAGGAAGUUCGAAGAAACCACUGAGUCCAGCAAUACUGAUUUAAUAGAGAGACACGCAAAGAACAUUGAUAUACUUAUAGAAAGUAUGAAGGGAGAAAAUAGAAUCCAGAAUUCAGCAGAAAGAAUACGGUAUUUAGUGGAUACUGGUACUCUUAUAACAACCAGAUACGAUUUCGUCUAUUUCUUUGGUAUGGAGUCACCAUUCAGUCAGUUCCAUUCUGCAUACUUCAAAGUCCAGAAUAUCAUGUACAGAUGUGCUGAACAGUAUAUGAUGCACCAGAAAGCAGUGCUGUUUGGUGACAAGGAAAUAGCAAAGCAGAUCAUGGAAGAAACGAAACCUUUGAAAAUGAAACGCCUUGGCAGAAAAGUGAGAAAUUUUGAUGCAGAAAAAUGGGGAAAUAAAUGUAUAGAGGUGGUUACAAAUGGAAAUCUGGCAAAAUUCUCUCAGAAUUAUCUUCUGGAAAAAAGCCUAUUUGAUACACAUCCCAAAAUAAUGGCGGAAGCUAGUCCACGUGAUUGUUUGUGGGGUAUAGGACUUGGUGCCAGUAAUGAAAAAGCUUGGAAUGUCAGGUCAUGGAGAGGAAGUAACCUUCUAGGUUAUACUCUAAUGACUGUAAGGGAAACGCUAAUGAGGCAAAAAGGAGAGAUUAAAUAACAUCGUUUAUAAAUGAAAAAAAAAAUCAGGUUAAUGGAAAUUGUUACAGCAUAUGAAACUUAUGUAGAUUAUGGAAUUGUAUAUUUUGUUGAAACAAAGCUAUUGUAUAUAUUUGUUUGAUAAUCACUAGGAUUAGAUGUUAAUUUGAUAGAUGAUUUAUUUUGUCUGUUUAGUAUAAAAGUAAAGACUGGUAAAAUCGGUUACAAUUGUCUGUGUACAAACAUUGCUGUUAAAUAUAUUGUUACAUGUUGGUUUUUUUGUGGAUAUUUUUUUACAAAUCCUUCAACGUAAUAAUAAUCUGUUUCGUUUUAAAAAAACUUAGAUAAAAGUCUAAACGUUGUUGCUUAACUACCAUUUCUAUGAAUAUUGACUAUUGUUACAUAUUUUUUUUUACAAAUUAUUAAAAGACAAAUAUGUUUUAUGUUUUAUAAAUCCUUAGAUAAGAGUCUAUGUCGUCUAUGCUAAGUUGUUUACCAAGGUGUCACAUGUCUAUGCUAAGUUGUUUGCCAAGGUUUCACAUGUCUAAGCCAAGUUGUUUACCAACGUGUCACAUGUCUAUGCUAAGUUGAUUACCAAGGUGUCACAUGUCUAUGCCAAGUUGUUUACAAAGGUGUCACAUGUCUAUGCUAAGUUGUUUACCAAGGUGUCACAUGUCUAUGGUAAGUUGUUUACCAAGGUGUCACAUGUCUAUGCUAAGUUGUUUACCAAGGUGUCACAUGUCUAUGGUAAGUUGUUUACCAAGGUGUCACAUGUCUAUGCUAAGUUGUUUACAAAGGUGUCACAUGUCUAUGCUAAGUUGUUUACCAAGGUGUCACAUGUCUAUGCUAAGUUGUUUACAAAGGUGUCACAUGUCUAUGCUAAGUUGUUUACCAAGGUGUCACAUGUCUAUGCUAAGUUGUUUACCAAGGUGUCACAUGUCUAUGCUAAGUUGUUUACAAAGGUGUCACAUGUCUAUGUAUUCGAUGUAUUUAUCAUUAAAACAUCUUCAUCACA